UAUCAUGAUUCAAAUACUAACUACCAUUCUCCUUUUCAUCUUCUCAUAUGUUUUUUAUGUUGUUUACAAGAAUUCCAAUUUCUCAACAAGUAAACUCAAUCUUCCACCAGGAAGCUAUGGAUGGCCUUUUUUCGGAGAAUCUCUUGCACUACUUCAAGCAGGCAGGGAUGGAGUUCCAGAGAGAUUUGUUCAAGAACGUAUCAAGAAACACGGAAGUCCUUUAGUGUUUAAAACGUCUAUACUUGGCGACCGUAUGGCUGUGUUUUGUGGUCCUGCAGGUAACAAGUUUUUAUUUGGGAACGAAAACAAGCUGGUCGGAGCUUGGUGGCCGAUUUCAGUGAGGAAGAUUUUUGGUAAAUGUCUACUUACAACUCGUGGUAACGAAGCUAAGUGGAUGAGAAAGAUGUUGCUGUCGUAUUUAGGUCCUGAUGCAUUCGCUAGUCAUUAUGCUGCUACUAUGGAUGUUGUCACACGUAGCCAUAUCGAAAAUCACUGGAGAGGCAAGGAAGAGGUGAACGUAUACAAAACCAUUAGGUUAUACGCAUUUGAGCUGGUUUGUCGAUUAUUUCUUAGUCUCGAGGAGCUAAACCACAUUGCAAAACUCGGUUCCUUGUUCGACGUCUUCUUAAAUGGGGUCAUUGAGCUACCUAUAGAUUUCCCGGGCACAAGAUUUAAUAGAUCAAAAAAAGCAGCAGCGGCUAUUAGGACCGAACUUAUGAUACUUAUCAAAGCAAGAAGAGUAGCACUAGAAGAAGGAAAGGCAUCAUCUUCACAAGACCUCCUCUCACAUUUGCUUACUUCUUCGGACGAGUGUGGCAGGUAUUUAACCGAGUGGGAGAUUGCAAACAACAUCUUGCUACUGCUCUUUGCCGGUCAUGAUACCUCUACUUGUUCUAUCACGUUGAUCAUGAAGAGACUUGGAGAACACCCUAAUGUUUAUGAUAAGGUGUUGAAUGAGCAAUUGGAGAUCUGUAAGACAAAAGAAGCAGGGGAAACGCUUAAAUGGGAAGACAUUCAAAAAAUGAAAUAUACUUGGAAUGUUGUAUCUGAAGUCAUGAGAUUAACUACACCAGUUAUGGGAUCCUUCAGGGAGGCCCUGGUAGAUUUCGAGUAUGCAGGCUAUACUAUACCCAAGGGAUGGAAGUUAUAUUGGAGUAUUGCAUCGACUCAUAGAGAUGAAGGUAACUUUGUUGAUAUGGAAAAAUUUGAUCCAUCGAGGUUUGAAGGGGCAGGACCGACUCCAUAUACAUAUGUACCAUUCGGAGGUGGCCCUAGGAUGUGUUUGGGGAAAGAGUUUUCACGAGUAGAAGUACUUGUAUUCAUUCACAACAUCGUCACCAAUUUUAAAUGGGACUUGUUGAUACCCGAUGAGAAAAUCGUAUAUGAUCCAAUGGCUAUUCCAGAAAAAGGGCUUCCAGUUCGUCUCCAUUCUCGUCAUGUUUAAUGAGUACAAUCGA